GAAAACAUCAAAACAAACAACCUGGGGCUGGGUGAAAAUUCAAACACAUUUUAGUUUUUAAGUUACAUCCAAUUCAAUCGUUGUUUUCGAGAAAUUAUUGUUCCCGCCAGCACACAAAGAAAGCCUGUGCAGACCUGUAUGAAGGGAGCAGGGUGAACAACGAGCAAAGAACUCUUGCCCGAGCACGGAGCACAGGAGGAGCAGCAGGAGGAGGAGGAGCAGCGGCGGACAACAGGAGGCACUGCUUAGCGAAUGUGGAAAGGAAGCCGGCACCAUUAGGUCGACAAACCCAAGUCGGUCCCGCACGGCAGCGGGCCCACAUCAAGCUGCGGCUCGCCGCUCGCUGGCACUGAGCGAGGAUCAGCAGAGGAUCCAGCAGCAGCAGCAACAGCAGCGGAACAGGGAGCGUGAACGUGAGCGUGAGAGGGAUAGGGAGCGAGAGCUGGACCAGCAUUAUCGCUACCAUAUGCAAGGUCGUAAUCCCCGCCAGCAGCAGCCGGAACCCCUGAAUAAUCUGAACGUCAAUGGCAACCGUCACAGUCGUGUUGUGGCUUCAUCCAACUUUAACCCAAUAAGCGGUGGAGGUGGCGGCGUGAACAGGGAAACGGCUGACACCGGAGCCUCCACGGGAGCCUACCGGGUCUCUAGGCACUCUGUACUACAGGCUAAUACUUCCUUUCAGUCGCAGCAGCAGCAGCAGUCAUGGCAGACUACAUAUGAUAGGCGCCACCAUGUCGCCAGAACUGGUCGGACGCGAGCUGAGAAUAGUUAUCCCGAGGGACCCUCUCCCGCGUCCUCGCCCGUCUCAGUUUCAGCGUCACCUCCCGCUGCUGCUCCCGCUUCCAUUGACAACAGCCCAAUCGUCAGAGCCAAUGGUCCCGAUAUCAAGGAUAUUGCAGAGGGUCCACGUCCCAAGGAUAUUGUUCGCAAGUACCCGCUAUGGAUGCCCGAGUACAAGCGAAAGGCCUUCAAUGCCUCCAUGGACGAAAAGUACGUGGAGACGAUUUGGGCCAGCCUGAAGAACGCUAUCCAGGAGAUACAGAAGAAAAACAAUUCCGGUCUGUCGUUUGAACAGCUCUAUCGGAAUGCCUACAACAUGGUGCUGCACAAGCACGGCAACAGACUAUACUACGGGCUGAGGGAGGUCGUAUCCGAGCAUCUGGAGCACAAGGUGAGGGCGGAGGUGCUGGAGAGUCUGCACAGCAACUUUCUGCCCAAGCUGAACCAGGCCUGGACGGAUCAUCAGACCUCCAUGGUGAUGAUACGCGACAUACUCAUGUACAUGGACAGGGUCUAUGUGCAGCAGCGUGAGGUGGACAAUGUAUACAAUCUGGGAUUGAUAUUGUUCAAGGAUCAGGUGGUUCGCUAUGGAGAGAUUCAAAAGGCCCUGCGGGAGAAGCUGCUGGGCAUGGUAAUGGAGGAGCGACAUGGCGAGGCCAUUAACCAUUUGGCCAUCAAAAACGCCUGCAGCAUGCUAAUCACUUUAGGCAUCAACUCGCGCACUGUCUACGAGGAGGACUUUGAAAAGCCCUUCCUUGCCCAGUCGGCGGCCUUUUACAAAUUCGAGUCGCAGAACUUUCUUGCCGAGAACAACGCUGGCGUUUACAUCAAGAAAGUGGAGGCCCGCAUCACAGAGGAAUCGUCACGGGCAGCGCUCUACCUAGACAAGGACACUGAGCCGCGCAUUGUGCGAGUUGUGGAGGAGGAGCUGAUCAAGAAGCACAUGCGCCCGAUCGUGGAGAUGGAAAACUCGGGCGUGGUCUACAUGAUCAAGAACUCAAAGACCGAAGAUCUGGCCUGCACAUACAAGCUCUUCUCGCGCCUCAAGGAGGAGGGCCUCAAGGUGAUAGCGGACACCAUGUCGGCGUAUUUGCGAGAGCAGGGACGCAUGCUGGUCAAGGAGGAGGAGAAUGGCAACACGAAUCCCAUUACGUUCGUGCAGAAUCUGUUGGAUCUCAAGGAUCGCUUUGAUCAGUUUCUGGUUCACUCAUUCGCCAACGAUCGCAUCUUCAAGAAUGUCAUCUCCUCGGACUUUGAGCAUUUCUUAAAUUUGAAUAACAAAUCGCCGGAAUAUCUGUCGCUUUUCAUUGACGACAAACUGAAAAAGGGUGGCAAGGGAAUGAGCGAGCAGGAAAUCGAGUCUAUUUUGGACAAGACCAUGGUGCUUUUCCGUUUCCUGUUGGAGAAGGAUGUCUUUGAGCGCUAUUACAAGACGCAUUUAGCCAAGCGACUGCUGCUAAACAAAUCAGUCUCUGAUGAUUUCGAGAAGAAUAUGAUAUCCAAACUAAAGACUGAAUGCGGCUGUCAAUUCACCUCGAAGCUAGAGGGCAUGUUUAAGGACAUGUCCGUCUCCAAUACGAUCAUGGAUGAGUUCAAGAACUAUGUAAAUAAUAACAAUUUAUCCUUGGGCGGUGUUGAGCUAACGGUACGCAUACUAACCACGGGAUUCUGGCCAACACAGACAGCAACUCCCAACUGCAACAUACCCGCCGCACCCCGCGAAGCCUUUGAAAUUUUCAAGAGCUUCUAUCUGAACAAACACUCAGGACGUCAGCUAACGUUACAGCCUCAAAUGGGCACUGCCUAUAUAAACGCCGUGUUUUAUGGCCGCAAAGCAGCCGACAGUGAGAAGGACAAGGAUGCACCCAGCUCCAGUUCGAGCGGGUGUGCAGUGCCCACCACCACACGCAAGCACAUACUGCAGGUGUCCACAUACCAGAUGUGCGUUUUGCUGCUGUUUAACAACCGCGAUGUGCUCACCUAUGAUGACAUCCACCAGGAGACGGAUAUACCAGAGCGGGAGCUGGUAAGAGCCCUUCAGUCGCUGUCUAUGGGCAAGCCAGCUCAGCGCUUGCUGGUGCGUAAUUCCAAGACGAAAACCAAGGAUAUUGAGCCCACGGAUGAGUUCUAUGUGAACGAUGCCUUUGUGUCAAAGUUCCACAGGGUGAAGAUACAGACGGUGGCCGCUAAGGGCGAAUCAGAGCCAGAGCGCAAGGAGACGCGCGGCAAGGUCGAUGAGGAUCGAAAGCACGAAAUUGAGGCAGCGAUUGUGCGCAUCAUGAAGGCGCGCAAGCGUAUGGCGCACAACUUACUGGUGUCGGACGUGACGUCGCAGCUAAAAUCGCGCUUCUUGCCCUCACCUGUGUUCAUCAAGAAGCGGAUCGAGGGCCUCAUUGAGCGCGAGUAUCUGCAACGAUCACCCGAGGACCGCAAGGUGUACAACUACUUGGCCUAAGUGGCGCAAGCACGGGAUCCGGAUCGAACUCAUCUUCAAAAAAACGCAAACGGCAAGCGGCAGCAAUAACAUUUUUUUUGACCAAGAUUAUGGAUGACCUCUCUCAAGUCAACUAAGCCCCAAAACAUAUAGAGUUUAACCAAUGCAGGAGCGCCCGCCAGAAACGUAAAAUUUCCCUUUUGCAUGCCACUACUUUUCCGAGAAUGCCAUUCAAAAUUGAACAGUUUAAAAUGCUAUUGGAUAGAUAGGGCGAGAGACUCCGCCGCACAGUAACAUACAUAAUUAUCCCUCUAAUAUAAUUCUUAAUUCUCUAACCAUUAUUGUUUUUCCGGACAUUUUCUUUGCGCCCUCAAAUUGUAUAGCAGUAAGCCCAACCGCACACACAAACACACACAUCAGCAGCCACACACAAGAAAACAUCCAAAAUCCACCCAUGAUAGGAAUCGUACGCGAAGAAUGCAUAAGAGUAGAGUACGCAUAAUGCAAGCCCUAAUUUUAAGCGAUUGAGUAAAGGUAAAGAUGCAGCAGCAGAAAUUUAAGCGAAAAGAAAUAUUCAUAAUUAUAAAUAUAGCUAAAGUAAUAAAUUUAUAAAUGAAUUAUUAAUUUUAGUGAGCGUGUUUGAUGUGCAAGAGUCCACAAGCCCACACACACAUACCCUGCAUCCUCUCUGCAAGAUUGAGAUUUCAGAUUGAAGAUUGCCGUGAAUAUAUAUUCCUAUCUUUAGUUUUGCGACGAGCAGUGAUUAUGAUAAUCUGUAUGAAAAGUUGUUUUAUCUAUUUAGUUGAUAUUGUGGAAUCGAUUCCAAUUACACAUAUACAUAUAUGCAGCAGUUCUGUAAUGGAUUUGAAUUAAGUAGGACACGAAAGAAUUCAUUUUUUAAAUAUACAAAAAAAAAAAAAAAACAAUAAACGACACGAAAAACAAUUAAACGCCGAACAAGAGUAUGGAAGAGAAAAAAAAGAGAGCAAUGGCGAUCGAUCUUAACACUGUAAAUAAAUUACAUUUCUGUUCUUACCUAUGAAAAAUUGAUAUAAAAAUAAAACGUAUAUAAGCGUUAACACUUAACACAGUUGUUGUCUAUCUUUUUAAAAUAGGAUCAGAAAGCCCUUUUAAUGGAAUGCUAAUUUUCGUCUGUAAAAUAAAACUAAUUUGAUAACAAUUUGUAUCUA